AUGUCUCAACACGACGUGAUAGCCAGUCUGGCAUCGCUCCCCUCGCCCAUUCCCGAACCACCGCCAGGUCAAGUCUUCACGUCAGAGCAAUGGGAUGUACUAUUUUCCAUCAUGGAGGUAUUCUUUCCCGAGCUCUCGACGGCGGCUCAAGAUGCAGACUCAUCCAUCUCCACCGCUCAACUGGAUGAGGCAAUGGCCGAGCUCAGGCGCUACCUUCCAGAAGGAGCAUCUGACGAGGUCGCAAAGAGAUAUCUCUCUGAACGGACUGUCUCUGACCCUGCAUUCAUUGCAGCUCUCAAGCGCAAGCUCAGUCUCUAUGUGCCCAAAUCAGAUACACAGGGACUAGGCUUCGUCUUCAGCGCCCUCAACACCCACGCAGGAUCUUAUCUGCUGACUGGAUACACCACCCCUAUACAUUUACAGCCACUGGCUAAACGCACGGAAAUCGUCUGCGGUUGGGCGACCGCUCGUCUCCCAGUUUUCCGCAAAAUCCAUCGUUCCAUGGGCAGCCUUGCCAAGAUCACAUGGGUCAACACGUCCACCGCUCUCCUUCGAAUGGUCGAUUAUCCCGAUGUUCCCAAACAUAUCGAGCGGAAUCCAAGCUAUGACUACAAAUUUCAUGACUUCACCUCUUCAUCUGCGCCGACCACGGUCUCAGCGGACGUAAUCAUCAUCGGCUCUGGCUGUGGCGCCGGCGUCGCAGCGUCACACCUCUCCCGAGCUGGUCUCAACGUCCUGGUGCUGGAACGCGCGUAUCAUUUCCCGUCCACACACUUUCCCAUGCGAUCGCAGGAUGCAGGAGAGCAUCUGUUCCUCAAUGGUGGUGUGAUCGCUUCCGACGAUGGUUCAACGGGUAUCAUCGCAGGCAGCACGUUCGGUGGCGGAGGCACAGUCAACUGGUCCGCAUCCCUACAGCCCCAGCAUAGCGUCAGGAAAGAAUGGGCCGACAUGGGUCUUCCUCAUUUCCUCGGCACCGAGUUCCAAGACUGUCUUGACACGGUAUGCAGCCGGAUGGGCGCCGCGCGAGCCAACGACCGUGCAGCACUGAGCAAAGUCGAACUUAACUUCGCCAACGCCACCUUAUUAGAAGGUGCCCGCCGCUUGGGCAUGCACGGCCACAUCGUGCCGCAGAACACGGCCUCGAAGCGGCACUUCUGCGGCUCUUGUAUCUACGGGUGUGCAAGUACCGACAAACAAGGUCCCGCGAACUGCUGGUUCCCAGAUGCUGCCGCACACGGAACCGGGUUCGUUGAAGGCUGUCUCGUGGAUGAGAUCACUUUCGCGAGCGACCGGACCACCGCUACAGGCGUCAAGGCGAUAUGGACAUCUCGCGAUCGCAAGACCACACGAACGCUGAACAUCACGGCGAAGCGAGUCAUCGUCGCCGCCGGCGCUUUGCAUUCCCCAUUGGUGCUGCUGCGCAGUGGGCUGACAAAUCCACAAAUCGGGGCCAAUCUUUACCUCCACCCGACCACCACGACCUGGGGCGUGUGGAAGCAAAGAACCGACCCAUGGGACGGACCGAUUCUGACCACGGCUGUGGACGCCCUCGAAGACCAAGACGGGCGACACCCCGGCGGUGUCAAGCUCGAAGUCACCUGCUCACACCCUGGAAUCGGCCUACUCACAUACCCAUGGCGCGCGGCCGAGACACUCAACGCCGACAAGGGCGGCAAAGGCAACCUGCAUUCCGCGCUACGCUUCAAAAUCAACGCAGCCAAGCAUGGACACGGGACAGGAUUCCUCGCCCUGACGCGCGACCAGGACCCCGGCCGGGUAUACAUCGACCCGAAAGACCCGAUGCGACAAACCCUGCGCGUGGCAUACACGACCUCAGCACGCGACCGGGCCAAAAUCCUCGAAGGCACGCUGGCCAACGCACGCAUCAUGUUCAUCAUGGGCGCACUGGAGAUCGACACGGGGAACACUUCGACGCGCCGCUGGGUGCGGCCCAGCGCGCGCGACGCGGCCAAGACGGCGCAGGACGACGAGGCUGAGUUCGAGGCAUGGUUGGCCGAGAUCAAGACCGCUGGCGUGACGAGUCCGGAUCCGAUGACAAUGGGCUCCGCGCAUCAGAUGGGCACGUGUCGGAUGAGCAGUGGGCCGAAGACGGGCGUGGUUGACUCACUGGGGAGAGUGUGGGGCUCGAAGGCGUUGUAUGUGGCCGAUGCGAGUUGCUUCCCGACCGCGAGUGGUGUCAAUCCCAUGGUUACGACUAUGGCGAUCGCUGAGUGGGUGAGUAGAGGGAUUGUGCGCGAGUUGGGUCCGACUUGA